AUGAAGCUUGCAAUCGUUACAGGAGCCAACAAGGGCAUAGGAAAGGCCAUCGUAGAGGUGCUCGCUCGUGAUCUGCAGCCAGUGUCCGAUUGGCACAUUUACCUCACUGCCCGCAAUGAAAAACUAGGCCACGAAGCCGUCGAAGAGUUGGCUAAAAAGGGUCAUUCUGUCAAGUUCCAUCAGCUAGACAUUACUGACCAAAAAAGUCGCCAAGCCUUGGUCGAAUUCGUCAAGAGGGAAUAUCCAGGUGGAAUCAAUAUCCUCGUGAACAAUGCGGCGAUAGCGUACAAGGCGGCCUCGACAGCCCCGUUUGGGGAGCAAGCCAGGGUGACCAUAGCAACGAAUUACACGGCCACCGUGAGCAUGUGUAUUGAGUUUUUGCCUCUAAUGGCGAAAAACGGAAGAUUAGUUAAUGUGGCUAGUAUGGCUGCAGUUAUGUCCCUUCAUUCGAUGAAGAAGGAGAUGGCGGAUAAAUUCAAGGGUCCAUUGACUAUGGAGGAACUGGAUGGUCUCAUUGCGUCGUUUGUCAGCCACGCUGAAGCUGGCGAUCAUCAGGCGGCUGGCUUCUCCAAUUCCGCGUAUGGCAUGUCGAAGGUGGGACUGUGGAAGGCGACUGCCAUAUUGGCCGAGCAACUGAAGUCGGACCCUCGUCACAUCCUUAUCAACUCGUGCUGUCCUGGUUACGUGGCAACCGACAUGUCAAGUUACAAGGGGUACAAGACUCCCAUGGAGGGUGCUGACACUCCCUGCUACCUGGCCACUCUGCCCGAGGGUACCACGGAGCCUUACGGAGAAUUGGUCAGUGAGCGCCAAGUCGUUGAUGUGGAAAAGGAAUUUAAAUUGUAG